GCCCUCCCGCGCGGGUGGGCGGGGCGGGUGCCAUGACGGCGCGGCGCAUGCGCCUCGGCUGACCCGGAAGCGCCUGGAGCAGCAGCAGCGGCGGCGGCGGGAGCGCGGAGCGGAGCAGCGGGACCGUGCCCAUGUCGGGCUUCGACACGAACCCGUUCGCCGACCCGGUGGACAUCAACCCCUUCCAGGACCCCUCGGUGACCCAGCUCACAAACACUAGCCAAAGCGGCUUGGAUGAAUUCAACCCCUUUUCUGAGAGCUCCCAGCUGACCAAUGCAGCGCGGACAACACCGGCCACGCAGCCCUCGGGCCACUCGCAGCCUGCGGUUCUGCAGACGUCCGUGGAGCCCACUCCCCAGGCUGUGGCUGCGGCAGCACAGGCUGGGCUCCUCCAGCAGCAGGCAGAGUUAGAGAGGAAGGCAGCUGAGCUGGAGAAGAAGGAAAGGGAAUUGCAGAGCCACGCAGCCAGCAUUGAUCCGAGGCAGAACAACUGGCCACCUCUUCCCAAGAAGUGUCCCAUCAAGCCGUGCUUUUACCAGGAUUUUUCUGCAGACAUCCCAGCUGACUACCAGCGGAUAUGCAAGAUGCUCUAUUACUUGUGGAUGUUGCAUUCGAUAACCCUGCUCCUCAACCUGCUCGCUUGCCUGGCGUGGUUCACAGUGCAGACGGAGAGAGGAGUAGACUUUGGUCUCUCCAUCCUGUGGUUUAUUUUAUUCACCCCUUGUGCCUUUCUCUGUUGGUACCGACCGAUUUACAAGGCUUUCAGGUCUGACAGCUCCUUCAGCUUCUUCGUCUUCUUUUUCAUCUUCUUCUGCCAAAUAGCAAUCUACGUCAUCCAGGCUGUCGGCAUUCCAGGCUGGGGAGACAGCGGGUGGAUCGCGGCGCUGUCGGAGCUGCACGGGAACCUGGCCGUGGCCAUCAUCAUGAUGGUGGUGGCAGGAUUCUUCACUCUCUGUGCGGUUCUCUCCCUCUUCCUCCUCAAGCAGGUGCAUUCCCUGUACCGACGCACGGGAGCCAGCUUCCAAAGGGCGCAGGAAGAGUUCUCCCAAGGCAUCCUCACCAACAGGAGCUUCCAGACGGCCGCUGCUGGGGCAGCCUCCUCAGCAGCACACAGUGCGUUCCGAGGAAACUAGCCCUUCCCUUGGCUCCCUCUGCCCUCCUCACCCCAACCUCCACUUCUGUUUGGGUUUGGUUUCUAAACAUGCACUUUUCGGGGGUACCACGUUGUGAUGCCGACUCCAGGGGGGAAGAGGCCUGAGUUUUAGCUACAACCACCCUGACGUUUGAGGAUGAUCAGUUUUCCCUGUCUUGUUUUAGGGUGCGGGGAGAUAGGGGAGGCAUACUCUGAAGCAAAUAGAUUUCCUUGUCCAGGCCCUACCAUGUUUGUCUCUUCCUCCCCUGGCCCUGUGUGUAGCAGGAAGGUGAGGGGAAGCAGGGGUUUUGUGUUAUUCUUUCUUCUCUUGGUCUUUGCUAUGACGGAUUUGGUUAUCUGCUGUUUAGGGGGGUGGUGUUGUAACUUGCAUGUAGUUUAUGUCGUUAAUUCGAAGAGCAGAAACUGUCCUUUUGGAUUAUUACACUUAAAUGAUGCUGCAUUUUGGCCUCUUCGCCGCUCGGCUUCCUGAGAGUCAGGGAAACAUGGCACAAAGGAAAACCUGGGAGCAGGAAGGGGUUAGAGGGGAGGGGAAACAGCUUUCUCCUUCCCACCCUGUGGCAGAUCCCCUCUGCACUUCCACCAGGAUCCUGCAGGCGAUCUUGCGCCCCGGGGAACGCAGAGGGGGAGAAGGGAGCAGCAGGGCUGGGUGUCACCGUGGCCUUAAACCAGGGGAGGGAGGGGAAAAGGGACGUCUUGGCUCUCCAGCUCUGCUGUUCGGGAGCUCAGGCACUGCCCGGCUCCCACUAACCCCGAGAGCCUGCCAGGCGGGAGCAUGCCUGGAAUUUUCUCCCGGGACAACCCCUCCCUGCUUCCUCCUCCCAAGUGUUAUGUUCCAGCUGGGAGCGAACGGGUUUGACGUCUUUUAGUAGUAUUUUGGGGUUAUUUUUCAGCUGGGAAAGAAUUGGUUUGAUGUGCCCUUCGCUUCCAAAGCCGGGUCCCCAGUGGGACAUCCCUUUGGGUGGGGAUACGGUGCCGGCUGUGUCCCUCCAGCCCUGGACAGAGGGUUUUAAUCCAGGCUUGACUUCGUGCUCUGUCCAUCCCUUCCUGUUUUGGGGUGAAAGUUGCAUUUUAUACCCCCCCCUCCUCACCCGGACACCGGUAUUUCCCUCCCCCCCGCCUCCUUCUCCUGUAUUAUUAUUGUUGGGUUUUGUUCCUCAUCUUUUCAUGUAAAAAAUAAAGAUUAAUAAUAAAACGGA